AUGACUUUCUACCUCCCACAGCAACAUGAUUGUAAGGAAAACUGUAGCCAGAAGAGGAACUCCAGUCUCAACCAGGAGGACACAGAUCUUCCAGAGACUAAAGAGGAACAGGAGGAAAUCUCCCUCAAUCAGGAAGAAGAGCAGCUUUCACUGAAGCCAAAAACCAAAGAUGUCAUCGUCUGGACUGGGCAGGAGCUGGACAUCAUGUGGAACCCUGAAGUAAAGUUGGAAAGAAUAGAUUUUCCACAACAUGACUGUAAAGAACAGGAGGAUCCUUCGCAGAUUAAAGGGGAACAGGAGAAACUCCGUACCACUGAAGAGGGAAAACCGCUUGAACAAAAGCAGGAGACUGAAACUUUUCCUGCUAGUGAAGAAAGUGACUACAGGGAACCAGAACCAAGCAGUGUCCUGCUCCUUUCUCACAACUCUCCUGUCACAGAUCAGUGUGAAAGCAAGGACAAUGACUUACACAGAAAUAAUUCGAAUCAAAUCACAGCAGACCCGAUGGUUACAAAUUCCAAGAAAGUACUUUCAUGUAGCACCUGUGGAAAGACAUUUAAUAGGACGGGAAACUUGAAUCGACAUAUGAAAAUUCACACAGGUGAGAAGCCACAUUCUUGUAGUACCUGUGGGAAAAGUUUUAGUUGGAAGUCAGACUUGACAAGACACAUGCGAAUUCACACAGGUGAAAAACCACAUUCUUGUAGUACCUGUGGGAAAAGAUUUAAUCGGAAGGAAUCUUUGAAAAUGCACCUGGAAUAUCAUACAAGUGAAAAACGAUAUUCCUGUAGCACAUGUGGCAAAAGAUUUCAUCUAGACACAAAUUUGAAUAGACACAUGCGAAUUCACCUAGGUGAGAAGCUGAAUUCUUGUGGCAUUUGUGGAAAAGGUUUUGGUCAGAAGACACGCCUGGAUAGACACAUGCGAAUUCACACAGGUGAAACGCCAUAUUCUUGUAGCACAUGUGGGAAAAGAUUUAAGUGGAAGGCGUAUUGGAAAAUUCAUAUGAAUUUUCAUACAGGUGAAAAAAAACAUUCCUGUAUCACUUGUGGGAAAAGAUUUCAUUUAAAAACAAAUUUAAAGAGACACAUGCGAAUUCACACAGGUGAGAAGCCAUAUUACUGUAGCACCUGUAGGAAAAGAUUUAGCGACGCAGCAAAUUUUGCAAGCCACAUAAAAAGUCAUACAGGUGAGAAACCACACUGUUGCAGAGGCUGUGGGAAAGGCUUUAUCCAUUUGUCAAGCUUGAUAAGACACAUGAGAGUCCACAGGGGUGAAAAACUUUAUUGUUGUAGCACAUGUGGAAAAAGCUUCAGUUCUUCGGUACAGUUGAAAAUGCAUAUGAAAAACGAUGCUAAGUUUCAUUCUUAGAAAAUGUUAAUGGUGUCUCUCGCUACAUGCACGUGUACAUUUGGUAAACAUAGCUUUUUCUAUGUGUUUUGGCUCUUCAUCCACCUUAAAUGAAGGGUGAAGAUUUUCUAAAGCUUAGUUUUUGUUUACAUGUGGAUUUUAAAAAAGCAUUUGAAAACAUGAGUUUGUCUCGUGUUCACCUUCAUCACUUUUUUCUAACGUCAUUGUUUUAUUAUUUGUAGGCUUUUGAUUGGUUGACAUAUCUUCAUGUUUUUAGAAAGGACCCCAACCCGACACACUGUUCCAUGUUUAUUUAAGAGUCUUUAUUGAUUUCAACACUGGUUUAUUGUUCUCUAGGUUCAGCACCUAGGUCCAUCAGCUUUCCAGCUGUCUUUGCUUCUGGUCUCUGACUUCACUAUAAAAAGGGGAGAAACCUCAUUAGUUCAUCGUGUGCACCUUUCCUUGCCACCUCCCUUGCACUACCCCUCCCCUGCAGCUGAGCCAGAGUCCACCUCUGACACAAUGUUGCUUAAGGCAUGGUCCUGAUAGUGCUUGAGAUAUUCUUUUGUGUGUUCAUGUGGUCAGAGCUAUUUCUUAAAAACAAACUCAGACAAAUCACUGUUUUAAAAAAAACUGCCCGUGUACAUGUGGAGGUAACCUUUAUUUAAAUCAGUUUUCUCUUUGAAAUUCAGUUUGAAGGUGUUUAAAGCACCGGUUCCAUUAACUGUUUGCCGACUUGCACCCUGCCUAAACUCCCAUUGGGUUUGUUUUUUUAAAAUGACAUUUAUACACUUAUUUUACCGAAUAAAACUUGAAGUAAUAUAAGUACGUCCAUGCUUUAAAUGCUACAUGGUCAUACUCUCCCACACUGCACUGUUGAUCUACACACGUCGGUUGCAGCCAUUUUCUCUCCAUCAUUUCUGCACAGAGAUCAGCUGUCAGUCAAACAUUAUGGGUGGUACCUCCACAUCUUCUAGUUGUUCUCUUGAUGUUUUGGACUUUUUAAAGGAGAUCUUUCCUGUGACUGUUUAUGGAGGCUAUCACUGCUCAUCAUGAGUUUGAUUUACAAAAAUAUUUCUCUAUCCUCUAAAUGUUUCUUGAAUAUUUGUUUUGAAAAAUGUCGACAUUUCUCUUUGAGUAUGGCAGACUGUGUGUGUUUUUGUUUUUUCAAAAUUAUCAAAUGAGGAAAAACUGUGAUUUUAAUGAAUUCAUAUAUUGUUUUGAUGUUUUAUUGUGUAAAUAAACUGGAAGGUUUAACUAUAAAUCAAACUUUGAACAAAG